AUGAGUGCUGCAAAACCAGGAGCCGUAGCCAGCUCAAAUAGCUCUGGAGGAAACCGGAACGCACCUUCCCUUACAUCUCGUCAGGGAAAUCUUAGCAGUAACUCCCAAUGCUCCGCUGUUUCUUCAGGCUCAACCUCAGACCCUACUCCCCCUUCUGAUCCUCUGGUAACCUCCGAAAUUGGUCGUCCCACGGAUAGUUCCGCCAUCCUUUCCGGCAUCGGGCUCGGACUCGAGUCCAUGAGGGACAAAAUCAAAAGGCAGGAAAGCGCAUUCUACUCUGCUUUGCAAAUAUCAGAGCAAAACCCCGAUUUGGUGGAGUGGUCAGGUUCCCUGAGGCGCCUUCAUGUAAAGGCAAGUGAAGUGACCAAAAGAGCACUUGACAGCCUCACACAAUGGGAAGGCCUCAUGGUAGGGUCGGUGAACCUGACAUCGCCCUUAGACAAGUCUGUAGCUCAGGCAAUGUCUUCAAAAGCAGCCAGGCGUACUUUGAACUUCUUUGACGAGUGGACUAGCUAUGGCAUGGCCUGGAAUUCCAUGCUGUACAGGUAUCUGAAGAUUGAUCCAGCAUCUGCAAAGAACCUGGAUGAGCAUAUUGGGCCACAGCAGUAUCACCUAACAAACCCAUCUGAUGUAGAAGGAUAUACUUACACACACAACAAUCCUGGUUGUCGGUCUCAGCGGUGCGGGUGGUGGUUGGUGAUGGUGAAAGGAGGGUCGGUGAUGGUGGUUGUCAGGGAUGUCACGACAUGGUUCGUGACAGUCGCCCCCUCCUUAGGCGUGAACGUCCUCGUUGCAGGAAAACCAUCGUUCAUAUACCAGCUAUUGGUAGGUGGUACCGUUGUUUAA